AUGUCUGAAGGUGAUGAUGAUGAUGUCAUUGUGAGGAACAAGAGUAUGAGGUUUCAUGCUGAGGAUAUUAGGGCAGAACUUAACUUCAAAGUAGGUAUGGAAUUUACUUCAUUGGAAGAGUUUAAGGUUGCAGCUAAGGACCACUCUGUUCUGACUGGAAGGGAGAUUUAUUUCCCCAAAAAUGACACAACCAGGGUUAGGGCUGCUAGCAAGAAGGAUUGUAAAUGGGUUAUGUUGUGCAGCAAAGUGAGUGGGAAACAAACUUUUGCAAUUAAGACAUUGAGUGGCCCUCAUACUUGUGCGAGAGUAUUCAACAAUAAGAAUGCUACUUCCAAGUUUGUUGCAAAGAAAUUGGUGGAGAAACUGAGGGGUUCAAGGACAAUGAGGCUCAAUGAUGUUGUUGAUGAGAUGAGGUUGGAUUUUUCCACUGGCAUGACAAGGUAUAGAGCUUGGAAGGGAAGACAGCUUGCUUUGCAGGUAGUUGAGGGAGAUGCAAGCAAACAAUACUCAUUGCUCUAUAAAUUCAGUGCUGAACUGAGGAGGGUUAGUGCAGUGGAGUCAGAGUGCAAGGAAAGCUGGCAGUGGUUCCUUGAUCUGCUACUACUUGAUAUUGGUACAGAUAGAAGGUGGAUCUUCAUAUCUUACCAACAGAAGGGGCUACUGAGCUGUUUGGAGGGAUUUGAACACAGGUUUUUUGGGCAUCUUUAUGCAAACUUCAAGAAGAGGUUUGGAGGUGGUGUUGUAAUUAGAAACCUUAUGAUGGCAGCAGGAAAGGCUACUUAUCGCCAGCAGUGGGAAGAAAAAAUGUUGGAGCUGAGGGAACAAAAUAAUGCAGCAUGGGAGUGGAUGAUGGGAAUACCUACCAGGUCUUGGUGUAAGCAUGACUUCACCUUCUACCCCAAGUGUGAUGUGCUCAUGAACAACUUGUCAGAGUCAUUCAACUCCACAAUUAUAUUGGCAAGGGACAAGCCAACUCUGACCAUGAUGGACUGGAUCAGAACAUACUUGAUGGGAAGGCAUGCAGUAGCUGCCAUAACAUGUAAAUGGAUGAGACCAGAGGAUUUUGUGCAUCCAUACUAUAAGAGAGCUACAUAUGAAGCCACAUAUGGACAUGAGAUCACUCCUAUCAAUGGCCAAAAACUAUGGCAGCCUACAAAUGACCCUGAGAUACUUCCUCCCAUAAAGAAGAGAGGGCCUGGAAGGCCUAAGAAGUUGAGAAGAAGGGAUCCCUAUGAGGAAACAGGAAGCACAAGACUCAGCAGGACUAUUGCUAGACACAGAUGCAGCAGGUGUGGUCAGCAUGGCCAUAAUUCAAGGAAAUGCCCAAAUCCAAUGGAGAGUCAAGAACCAGAAGCAGGACAAGGGUCUGAACCAGGAGCAGUUCCAGUUGCAGCAGAAACUGAGCCAGUUCAAACACAAGAGGAUGCAUCUCAGGUCAUCAAUGCCACACAAGAUGCAAAUUUUGAUGACAUACCUGCCAUGCUAAGGGAACAAUGGGAUCAAGACAUGGCAAGAUUGCACAUUGUUCAUGGAGCAGGGCCAUCUAAUGUUGGUGGUGGAAGUGGAUAUGCUGGUGGAUCUGCUGUUGUUCAAGAGGAGCCAUCUGAAGUUGUUCAGGCACUCCAAUCUCAAGUUGCUAAAUGA